GUUUCCACAUCCGCGCAGGCUGGCAACCCUACUCAAACCAACAACAAGUUUUUUUUCUGCCAAAGAGUCGGCGAAACCCGGUAAUAAAACGAACAUAACUUUUUUAAUCCAGUCACUCCGUCGAGAGCCAAGCAUCACGUCGCUCCAAACUAUAUUCGGUCGGCUGUUCAGACGCCUAUAUUCGGUGAAUCCUAAUCCCGGCAACACAAUGGUGGUCACACACAACGUAAAGGGCUACGAUGAGUUCUCCAAGAAGAUGGAGGAACUGGAGAACGGCAAUGGGUCCGUCCACGUCCUCUUCAGCGGAGGCAAGGAUGAGAACGGGCUCAGCUGGUGCCCUUACUGCGUCAAAGCGGAGCCGGUGAUACACGAUGCCCUGAAGAAGGCCCCCGACAACUCCCACUUUGUGCAUGUUGAUGUAGGCGAGCGCGCUUACUGGAAGGACUUGAACUGUCCGUUCCGCAAGGACCCAAACACUCAUUUGGUAUUUCUGCCCACUCUUCUGCGUUGGAAGCAACCUCAGCGCCUGGAUGGCGAGCGCUGCUCCAACAAGGAUCUCGUUGAAAUGAUGUUCGAGGAUGAGGAUUAGGCAUUGGUGCCCGGUGUCUUUACUUAAAUAUACAUUUAUUUUGGAAUAUUACUCAAUUUGGAAUACACAGAAGUCUAAACACACAUCUAAUUAAAGCGCCGCUCAAUAA